AUGGGGGAUGUUUCGGUCCCACCUUCUGAUCCUACCCGUAUCUCGGUUUUCGAUCGACUUUCACAUCUUGGUAUUGAUGUUGCGGAUAAUGUGCCUUUGGGUUCGGAGAAUCUGGCCAGAGAAAAGUUAAAUUUUGCCAAAGCUGUGGGACAAGCGACUGACACAAUGUUAAACUUCUACCCUUUAGUGGAUAAGAAUCAGGUGAGUGUGAAAAUACCUAUUGAAUUGGCUAAGGAAACUGCUAAAGCGUAUAACUCGGUUUUGUAUGGAUAUUUUCUGGGUCCGCGCAUACCGUUUCACUUGGUGAAAAAUUACGUCAAACUGGCAUGGGGAAAAUAUGGUUUUAAAGAUGCUAUGCUGAAUGAAAAUGGUAUUUUCUUUUUUAAGUUUAAUGAUAUUGGUGGAUGUGAUCAAGUAAUUGAUGCAGGCCCGCUAAUGAUAAGAGGCAUACCUCUUUUUGUUCAUCGAUGGGAUCCUUCUAAGGGGUUACGGAAACCUGUUCAUACCUCAUGCCCGUUAUGGGUAAAAUUGCACAACAUCCUCUUGGUUGCUUUCAAUAAAGAGGGUGUCAGUCGCAUCGCUAGUGUGUUGGGGGUUCCGAAGCAAAUGGAUUCCUGUACGGCGGCAAUACAAAUUGAGGUUGAAAUCCUUGAUCUCAAUGGAGGGGUAGCUGACAAUGUGCAAAUCCAGGUGGAAUAUCUAUGGGAACCAGUUCAAUGUUUCCAUUGCAAAGUUUUUGGACAUAAAUCGUCCUCUUGCCCUAAAUCUGUAAUCAAAGGCAAGCAUGUGGAGGGGAGGAAAGAUGCAGAAGGCUUUGUUAGAGUGGAAAAGAAACAGUGGAGCGCUAAAACAGGAGGUAAUGCUAAAAAAUUUGUUCCUCGGCAAGAUAAAGUUAUGGAAAGGCAAGUCCCUAUGCCGGAGGUUGUGGGCGCCAGUACCUCGGGUAAAGAGGUAAUGGAUGAUCGUAAUAAGGGCAUUUCUUUGGAUCCUUCUAAGCAACCUGGAUGUUAUGAGACGAAUAAAGGCCCAGGUACGCUUUCUGUUGGUGUUGAUUCUGGGUCUUCUUCCACACAGUCUUCCCACUCUACACAUUCUAGUACUCAGGCCACUCCCCUUAUUGAUUCUAUGGUUAAAAACUUUCGGUUGGCCCGGAGGGGUGUAAUACGUGACCCCCCCUUAGCUGCUAACAAAUUUGGUGUUCUUGAGAAGUUGGGUGACGUGGAACUUCAUGGGGGGGCCAAACCGAGGGGGGAUUCCYUUGAGAAUKUUUSBUCUUYUAUUUUUGGUCGGUGGUCUUGGAUUUCUAACCAAGUGGAAUGUGAUUMUGGAACUCGUAUUAUCAUUGCAUGGGAUUCACGAGUUUUAGAUGUUAUGCUUUUGGAGAGACAAUUAUGGUCGGGAUUGAGGAAAUUUAAGGUCUUGAUUGGAGCGCAACCUUGGGCCAUAAUGGGGGAUUUCGAUACCAUGCUUUUCCCUCAUGACGGUUUUGGUGGAUCCUCUCGUCGUAAUGCUGACAUGGCGGAUUUUUUUGCUUGUAUUGAGGAUGUUGAAGUUUUUGAUCUAAAUUACACAGGUGUCCAUUACUCAUGGAACCAAAAGCCGAAUGCUUCUGGGGGUAUCUUGCGUAAAUUGGACAUAAUUAUGGCUAACUCAGAGUUUACUUCUAAAUGCCAAGAUAUUACUGUUCAUUUCUUUCCGGCUGGUCUUUCGGAUCACUCUCUGGGUGUUUUAUCUUUUAAAGGAGGCGCUCGAAAAAGGAGGUAUGGUUUUAAAUUUGAUAAUUUCCUGACAGAACAUCCGGAUUUCUUGCAGAUUGUUCAAGAGGAAUGGUCUAAGUAUAUUGAGGGAUCCUUUAUGUUUCGGGUUACUUCUCAUCUGAAAACUCUUAAGGUCCCUUUUCGUAAGCUGAGGAAUUCCUAUGGAAAUCUUGGGCAGCGUGUUGCUUUUCUGAAAACUGAGUUAGACCGGAUCCAGAUCGAUGUGGAUAAUGAUCCUUCUAAUGCUGAUUUGGGGAGGGAUCUUGGGGAUAUUCGUCUGUCGUAUCAAUUGGCUUGUUGGGAUGAAGAAUGUGCUGCUAAGCAGCGUGCCAAAGUCAAAUGGUUAAAUGAAGGCGACUCGAAUACGAAGUUUUUCCAUAGGGUGAUUAAAGAACGUCAUCACUCUAACUCUAUCAUGUCUGUAUGUAAUAGUCGGGGCAAUUAUGUUUCUGGCGAUGAUGUCCCUAAAGAAUUUGUGGAUUAUUUUAAGAGUUUCUUUGGUGUUCGGAAUGUUUCUAYAGACCCGGUCRUGRCUAAUAUUUCUUUUCCAAGGAAGUUAAUUCUGUCAGAAGCUCUUGAUAUGAUUCGGCCGGUCACGAAUGAAGAAAUUAAAAAUGCUAUGUUUAGCAUUGGAAAUCAUAAAGCCCCAGGCUCUGAUGGGUUUUCUUCAAAAWUUUUCAAGGCGUCAUGGGGAAUCAUUGGCCGUGAUGUGGAGAUAGCGGUCCAUAAUUUUUUCUAUCGAGGUAAGCUCCCGAAAGAACUGAACCAUACGCUUAUUUGUCUUAUUCCUAAAUCUGCUAAUGCUUCUAAGGUUACGGACUACAGGCCUAUAGCUUGUUGUACUGUUCUCUAUAAAUGCAUUAGUAAAGUUAUUGCUAAURGAAUGAAGGGGUGUCUGGAUUCUCUUAUUGAUAAGUCCCAGUCGGCUUUUAUUCMGGGUAGGAGGAUAACGGAUAAUAUCCUUAUGGCUCAUGAACUUGUUACUGGGUAUCAGUCGUUGGGGAUGGGAUUCCAUCCGGUUAUGGUUAAUUGGAUAAGGGAGAUGGUUUCCACUACUUCUUUUUCUCUGGCGAUAAAUGGCAAUUCUUACGAUUUUUUCCAAGGGGGUCGGGGUCUUCGGCAAGGGAAUCCUUUAUCCCCAUAUCUAUUCACUAUUGUCAUGGAGGGUUUCUCUAUGAUUCUUCGGCAAUGUAUUCAAGAGGCUUCUGAUUUUGGAUAUCAUCGGGGUUGUGAAGAUCUGAAUAUUACGCAUCUUUGCUUUGCGGAUGAUCUAUUUGUUUUUACUAAGGGCGAUGUCCAGUCGGUGGAGGUGCUUAAAAAGGCUCUUUGUAUUUUUCAUAAACGAUCGAGGUUAGAACCUAGCCUUGAAAAGAGUGAGGUCUUCUUUGGGAAUGUGUCUCCUAACAUUAAGGAGACCAUUCUUGAGUGUCUCCCGUUCAAACAAGGUCUUGGUAUUAGGCGUGUUGCCACAUGGAAUAGGGCUUUACUUGCGAAACAUGUUUGGGAUAUUCUCAGACAUCGUGAUUCUUUGUGGGUUCAAUGUGUGUAUUGUCAUAUUCUUCGUUCUUCUCGUUUCUGGCUGGUUCGGAAGAGCUCCAAUUGGUCUUGGAUUUUCCGUAAGUUGUUGGACCUUAGAGCUCAUUUGCGAUGUUUUCUUUUCUCCAAGAUUGGUAAUGGUCGGGAUACAAAUGCUUGGGAGGACUUUUGGCUGGCUUGUGGACAUCUUUCGGCCUUCUUAUCCUAUCGGUUUAUACAUUCUUGUAGGUUCUCGACUGGCACUUCGGUUAGAGAAUUACUUAUUAGUAUCGAUGGGGUAUGGCCGGAAGAGUGGUGUAACAGGAUUACUACAUGCCGUUAUUAUACUGUCCCAUCUUUAAAUGAUGUUGUUUGUGAUGAAGUUCUGUGGGGGGCUAACUGCACUUCUAGGUCUUUGUUUUCUGUUCGUACUGCUUGGGAAUCUUUAGAUAUGACUCAUCCGAUUGUUCCGUGGUAUAAAUCGAUAUGGUUCUCGGGUCAUAUUCCUAAGCAUGAUUUCUGUUUAUGGCUUGCUUGUCAGAGACGUCUCCCUACUCAAGACCGCCUAAUUUGGAAGGAUGAACCCCCGGAUUUGAAGUGUCCGUUAUGUGAUAAUUGUAUUGAUAGCCAUGCUCAUUUAUUCUUCCAAUGUGUUUUUACUCGGGAGAUGUCUAGUCGAUCACGAAAAUCAGAGAGAACUGCCCGCCCGGCAUCUGAAGAAAGGGAGGAAUCUCCCGUUAAUCCACCUUCAAGGAGUAGAAGACGUGGAAGGGGUAGGCGUAGAGGUCAAGGAAGAAGCCAAAUUCCUGAGAGGAGUCAGGUCGAGAUUCGCCCUGAUCAUGGGGAAACUAUUUCUAGGAAUGCUCAACAAGAACAAAGGCAACAAUCAGAGUUUAUAACUAGAACGAUCUGGAAGAAGAAAUGGGAAAACUGA